ACAUCCGCGCAAGCUGCCCAGAAAGGCCAUUUUCACGUGGUUAAGACUACACCUUAACGUCAUGACGUAGAUGGGCGGAGCUUGGAUUUCUGCUUCUCCUCCAAUCACGUUUGAAGUGGCUUUUUCCUCGCCUCGUCUUCUCUGCUGAAACUGGAGAAGGAGGGGCUGUCUCUUCUGUGCCUGUGAAUUGUGUGGCCCGUUCUAUGAAGAGGGACCUUCCUGGUAAAGGAGAAACUCAGCCUGCUGAGUUUGCGUGGAGCGCCUACCCCGCACAUGGCGGCCUUCACCAAUCAGCCGCCAGGAACCGAAAGUGUGUGGAGCAAAGCUGAAGCCGCCUCCUCUUGAAGGUAGAGCGGCCAAGCAACCAUGGCGGCAGGGGCGGCCUCGGGCUCGGUGUGGUGUUGCCUGCGCUGGGCUUGGUGCGGAGAAGGCAGCGCCGGGCACAUCCCUCUCAAGGAGAUGCCGUCGGUGCUGCUGGACACGCAACAGAUGGGAACAGAUGUUGUCGUCGUAAAAAAUGGACGACGAGUAUGUGGUACAGGGGGAUGCUUAGCUAAUGCUCCUUUGCAUCAGAACAAGAGCUAUUUUGAGUUUAAAAUCCAGUCUACAGGAAUCUGGGGUGUUGGAGUUGCAACUCAGAAAGUCAACUUGAACCAAAUUCCUCUUGGGAAUGAUGUAAAUAGUCUAGUUCUGAGAAAUGAUGGAACUCUUUACUACAACAGUGAAGAAAAGAACAGAUUGCCAGCAAACAGUCUGCCACAGGAGGGUGAUGUUGUAGGAAUUACAUAUGACCAUGUAGAACUAAAUGUUUAUUUAAAUGGAAAAAAUAUGCACUGUCCAGCCUCAGGAAUCAGAGGAACAGUCUUCCCUGCAGUCUAUGUUGAUGAUAGUGCCAUUUUGGAUUGUCAGUUCAGUGACUUCUGUCAUGCUCCUCCUGCAGGUUUUGAAAAGAUACUCUUUGAACAGCAGAUUUUCUGAAGGCUCCUAUUGCAGAUUAACUAGCACUUUUUACAACCCAUUCUUUCAAACUUCACAUUAUUCCCAGAAUACUAAUGUUGUAUUUGAUCAGUCUAAUGUUUGGGAAAAUAUCAGUUUAUCUGGAAACUAUGUUGCUGGUUUAGAUUUAUCUACUGUUUGUGAUAUGAUAAUAUUUGUAUUUGAUGUAAAGGGACACAGCUGACAGUAUUUAGUGACCAUGGACUCUUAAGAAUGCUGUAUAAUAUGCUAUACAGUAAAAGUUGUUUGUAAAUGUCACAUUUCCAUAAAAUAGCAGAGUCUAAUAGUUUUUCAACAAUGUUUCUCUAAUAUAUGUAGUAAUUAGAGAAAAUAAUUUUGAGGUUAACAACAAACAGUGAAAAUAUUGAUACCUCUUAUCCUUUUUAAACACUGGGGUUCUAACAUUUAUUUCUAACCAUUUGUGUUAAAAUUAGAAUAAAUUGUUGCCUGUUAAAAACCAGGCUGCUAAUACCUAUCAUAGGAAAGCUCUCAAUGGAACAAACGAAGUAGUACUGAAAAGCCUGUUAUUUGUUGUGAUAAAGCUUUAUUUUUUUAAUUCUUUAUUACAUUUUUGGAAUUCUCCAAAAAUAUAAAAUGUACAAACUACUCUUCUGUUUGUUGUUAUGGUUAUUUUAAAUUGCUUUUCUUGUGCACUGAGGAUAUAUAUAUAUAUAUAUAUAU